AUGGAUGACCUGCAAAUCGGGGAACAGAGGCCAUCGCAGCUAUUCAGACGGAUGGCCGAGGCAGGCAAAAAUGCAGGUGUAGCAUUGUCCACGGUAAAGAUGCUAUGGCUAAGGAGAUUACCCACACCCGUAAGAACAGCUUUAGUGGCUCACGAACAGUUAGACGCGGAAAAACUCGGGGCGAUUGCGGAUAAGGUACAUCAGACCAUCAAACAGGGGGUUAUAGCGGAAGUAAAAGAAGAGGCAAAGGAUAGCAACCUGAUACAUGAGACAAAGAGAAUGACGGAGAAUUUCGAGCAGCUGCGCGGCGAGGUACAGCAAAUCAGAAGCCAAGAGAGGACAAGAACAAACUGGUCAGCAGGCAGAGGAGCCACAACGUCAUUCAGACCUCCACAACAACGGCAACGGAGAAGGUUAUGCGCAUACCACCAGCGAUUCGAAAAGUUCGCGAGGAACUGUCAGCAACCCUGUGACUGGAGAAGCAGACCACCACCCCCCCCCCUGUCGGUUAUCAGCGGCAAGGUCCAGCGAGUUGGCAAAGACAACAGGAAAACUAAAACCGACGCGCCCUGUAGCGGCAGUGGGGGGCGCGUCGUUUUUAGACAACCACCGCCUGUGCAUCCAAGAUCGAAAAAACGGCAUAUCAUUCCUAGUAGACACCGGCGCAAACGUAUCCGUAAUACCCGCAAGCAAGGUCAUGGCACAAUAUCUCCAUCUAGGCCCACAUCUCCAAUCCAUCCAGCACUUGCUAUGACUGGAGAAACAACACCUCGUCGGAUGAGAGUUCGCAACAGAACAUCACCUCGACUACGAGUGAGGCCAUCUCACAAAGAGCAGGCGACACAGCAUUUUCUGCAAGCCGAGGCAUUUUGGCAGCAGUUUAAAGCUCAAUAA